AUGAUUGCAAAGUAUAUGUAUCAGUUCCCUCGAGUUGAUCUCCACCUUGAUUCAUGCCUUGAACCGACGCAAGGCCUCAAAGACGCCAUUGCAAAUGUUGAAGCUACAAAGAACAUCAAAGACUUGCGCCAACUACGACGCGACUACGGAUAUUUGUUCUGCAAAUCUGUUACCAUCGGUGGUCGUCUUCAGACACAAGCAGUGAUGGACCAGUCCUCAAAGACCUCGGAGCAGGAACAGAAGCAAUCUUUGAAAACCUCCGUUGGCCUUGCUGUCUCCGCACCCAAGGUUUCAGCUUCUGUCAGCCACACAGAAGAAUCCGGAUCUGAUAAUUCCAGCUCCCACGGAAAGUCGGAUAAGUCUGAGUCACACGUGUUUGAAGCAAUGGGUGGCGAUAGCCUGUUGGCUUCUAACCCACUGGCGUGGAUACCCACAGUAGGAAGCUACAAGAACUGGCGCAUCAUCAACCGAAAUGGUCUGACAUUGAUGUCUGAUAUGAUCUCUAGCUUAAGCGGCUAUGAGCAUACACGGUCCUGGUUUGAACAAGCCGUUCCAGCUCUGAGCAAGUAUAUCGAAUUCUCUGACAGUAUGGUCAAGAAGAUCCGCCUCAGACUAAUGUCACCAAGCCAUCAUCUCUGCCUCUCUUAUAAAAAGGGCUCAGACGACCGAGAUUAUGCUGUUCCUCCAAACUACUACCUUGGACAUAGAACUUUGUCAACGGUGAUGCCAUUGUCGAUGGAUCUUGAGUAUUCAGAUGAGCCCUGGGGGCGUAUCCAGAUGCCUAAUAAUAAGCCAGAGUUUCUCUUUAGUCCUGGGAGUUACCGAGCUCCUGCGAUCUAUGGGUAUUCUGCCAACAAGGUAGGCGAGAAUCUAUACGGCACAAAAUACGACGAUGAGUUUAGAAGCACUGUUUGGAGCAUCACAUCGCCAUAUGAUGCUGCUCUAUGUCACGGUUCUCGGACCGGAGAUUCAGGAAACAACACAUUGUCUAUUUCUACCGCUAAGCCAGUGAUUUCUUCACUUAUUGUCUUCCGCAACCAACAGGGUGUCUUUCUACCGGCCAUGACAGACACAAAAGACGUCCAUAUCUGGCGAAUUUUGAAGACAGGGGUGGUACCAGGGGACAAACCGAACAUCGCCGAGGGGGAUGAAGUUCAACUCGCGUGGAGUUACCAAGAUCAAUACUGUGGCUACAGGGACUUUACCCAAGACGCUUUUGGACGAAGGAGAAAUGGUCCUCCACCAGGGUCUAAUGGUCCUCUGCUCUAUAUGAGACUACCCUGGCCGCGUUUCGAGCCUGUAGAGAGUCUCCCUGAUCAGGUAAAACCUCUACCGAAUGCACUUAUAAUGAGCGAAGUAGUGGCUCCUAAGGAUGACCUGAGUCCUGUCCUAUCCGACAAGAUUCAAGUCAUUCAUGGUGAGAAACAGGCUAUGAAGGAUAUACUUGUCGAAGAUUGCAUUUUCAGGCUAGAUGUGGUAAAACACCAUGGCCGUGGUGAUGUCGACGACUAUCUCCUUCGAGGUGUGAGUCAAGAAGCGGCAUUCCCUGAUGCCAUCGAAAGACAGGCACUCGACAAGAAAGUCGAAAGUGAACGGCUGGCGCGAGAAGCGGCAGAAAGAUCAUUUUGGCAGCAGGCUGAAGCGAGAGCAGGACAAGAGGAAGAAGAAGAGAUUGAGGACGUGGGAGAAACUAUGAUGCAUAUUGCUUGCCCGUUAACAAUGCUUUUUUGA